AUCCCCUAUACCAUAGCAUUUUUAGAUUUAAUAUACCAAAAUAAGAUUUAUUAGACACGAAACUGAACUUUUGUUGUCAUUUUGAAAGGAAACACUGUUCUAUUCUUUCUCUUUUUGAAUUAAAUAAAACUGAUUUCCUAAUCAAAUACAGUUUUUAUUAUUCAUUUUGAUGUCUUAGUUCUUGUAGUCGUGAAACUUAUUAAACAAUUCAGUGGUAAUAUUUUAUGAUAAUCAUUGUUGAUUGGAGUUGUUUCCUUCAAUUAAGUAUAAUAUUUUGACUAAUAUUCAUAUCGAAGGUCAUUGGGAAGAGCUUCCAUUUUGUUGACAAAAACGCCAUUUUAUUUUUCUGAGAAAGACUAUCGACUUCGUUCCGUUUGUUUCUUUUUUUGGGAAAUCACGGAGAGCGUGUACGCGUCGAAAAAUAUUUUCGUAAAUAUUGUUAUAAGAAAAAUAUUUGUAUUGGCUGAAAUGCCUCCUGUUAAGCAUUAUUCGUCUAGUGAAGUGAAUCAGUAUGAAUUAUCAUCCAGACUAUUAUCCCUUACUGAAAACAAUACUUCUUAUACUCUUACACAAAUAAACGGCCAAAGGAUCUACAGAAAAGCUCCCCACGCAUGGAGUGGACCAGAACCGUCAAGGAAUUGCGAGGUGUUCAUCGGAAGAAUCCCUCAUGAUUGCUUUGAAGAUACUCUGGUGCCGUUGUUCCGCCAAGCAGGAGAGCUUUUUGAGUUUCGUCUAAUGAUCAACUUCUCUGGUUGGAAUAGGGGGUAUGCCUUCGCGAUGUAUACUACUGACGCUGAAGCCAGUAACGCCAUUCGGAUGUUCAAUAACUAUAUGAUAAGACCAUCUUGGCAACUAGGCGUGUGUCCGUCCAUAAACAACUGUCGUAUCUUUAUAUCUCGUAUCCCGCCGACCACCCCGUCUGCGGAGAUUGUUCGGCUGUUGUACGCUCUGACGGAUGAGGUGCAGGAAGUUCGUAUUCGCCGAUCAAUUGCUUCGUGUGCCGCUAUCGUAGAGUACAAGUCUCACCGCGGAGCUGCGAUGGCUAGAAAAGCUCUCGUAGCUGCUGCUGCGGCUGCUUGGGGCUGCGGUGCUAGACCUGCCGUGGAUUGGUCUCUGCCCCAAUCUCCGCAAUUGCUGAAGCAAUACCGAGAGGUCGGACGUUGGACUCCCGAGCGUGGGGUAGAACUAACUCGCGCUCCAGAAGAGCCUGCGACUACUUCUCCGCCGCCUGCAGCGCCGUCCUACACUCUGGAGCCGUGGUCUCAAGCCCGCCGCCUACGCAUGAUUCACGAAGCACAACGUAGCGCUGCCGCUGCUGCUGAGUGGUCAAGUCGUAUUAAUACUGGCAUGGAGUCACUGGUAUCGUCUAUGGGUUCGCUGGGUCUGGGCGGGGCGCGCGCGGCGGGCGUAUGGGGCGCGCCGGGCGCCACUCUGUCGCCGCCGGCGCCGCAGCCGCGCGACUUCAACCCCUGGACCGCCAGGCACCCCAUGCAGGAGUUUAUAACUCCUGGGAAGGACAGCCAGUGAGUGCACUUGCUGUAAAUGAGCGCUUCCGAAACUGUUACACGACACGUGUUGGCUUAUUGUAAAAAAAUAUUUUUAAAUAUAUCGCAUAGACAUAUUUAAUAACCAUAAAUAUUUUGUUUCCGAUUUUCUUUGCAAGUAAUAAAACUUGCAACUUUCUUAGUUAAUGUAAGACAUAGGAUCACGCGAACUAACGCGAAGUAGUUUAGUAAAUAAGUACUUCACAAUAAAGUCAAUGCGUUUAUCGUACAACUGUUUCGGCCGUUUUCCCUUUCUUUUUUUGUUGGUGUUGAUUAAUUUAUUGCAUGAUUAUGAAUGUUUGUCUUGUUUGCAUCGUGCGUUUGUUCGGUGUGAGGUUUGGUGGAGUGCGGGAGAUAACAUGGGGUAACUUCACUAAUAAGAUGUAUGUGAUUACACAAUGAAGUGCUUUUUCAAAAGGUGACAUAAAAAUCUCUCACCUAGUGUAGGGGACCAUGGAUGAUAUGAUUUCAAUUGAUUAACGAUUUUAUGUAUAUCGACAUAUUAUUUUGCCUAUAGAAAUUGAUGCGAAAUUAAAAUUGUCUACUAUUGAAAAUGCACUUCCAUCUAGGUUGUUUACAUUGCUGAAUGAAAUUCAACUUGCUUUGUAAAUAUAUGUUGAAUUUAACUGAUUUUUCGGAACAUUUUAUCAUUCAGGCAUUGCGAAAAGCUGAUAUGACUAAUCGUGUUUACAAAUAACGUUCUUUUACAAUGUUCCAUGAAAGCCAUUUAAAUCACGAAAAACUAAUUUAACGUUUUCUUUUCAUAAGGUAUAUCAAAAGGCUGAUAAAAUCAAAUAUGCAUUAUGCAUACAUGAAACCAGUGCAGGCCCAUUGAAUGAUAUUAUGUUUGUUUAGUCAGUCCAGUUCGACUGUAUUGUGGUCUAACAUCACUUCGAUGCACCUUAUUGAAAUAAUGUCUGCAAUCAAUUUUUAUCAAAUUUUAAAUUAAGAUUUUUACCAGUAAUUAAGUAUGAUAAAAAGUGAGUGGGAAUAUUUCGUUCAAUUCACUUACUUGCAUUAGUAAUCUUUUGCCAAAUGUGUUAGAAUUGCACAUACCGCCACAGAUCUCUUGCACUCCUAGUAAGGCAUAAGAGAGGUAAAUUUAGAAUUUUAAUUUUAGACAUUAUUUUAAUUUAAUCUUAAAUGUAUUUUAAUUAAGAAUCCAAUUGAAUGGCAUAAUUAUUUAUGUAUUAAAAUUUGAAGCUUUUAUAAGGCAGCAUCGAUAUAUUUUAAGCAUGAGUCUACAAUAUUGUUUUAAUGUUAUAGAUAAUAUGAAUUAAGGGCAAUUGCGGGCCGUCUGUCGGCCGCGUUAGGAUUAUUGCACUACUGGCAAUCUGCAUUUUUUGAUGUUUUUUCAACGAAAUAAAUAUUCAUGUUAUUGUACUUUACUAUUUCUGUGUAUGAAUAAGUCUUAUUUAAAAUCAGGUUUUAAGUAAAUCAAUUUGGAACUGUUUUCUCAGCAAUGAUAAACUCAGCAUUAUGAAAUUAUCUACAUGCGAAUAACAAAAUCUGAACAUUUUGUAACGAGACCAUAUGAAUUUAUCUCUCGAUGUUUUAUGAGAUUUUUAAAUAAUAUUGCAUGCCAGUAUUGAAUAAUAAAUUUAAGUAUAAUGGUUUAAUGUC